UGGCACUCGAGAUCCGAUUGCUGGGGCUGCUUUGACUGCUGACAGGUUCUGAGAUCACUUCCACCAGCUCCACAGGCUCAGGGAACAGUAGCGUCGGGUCUAACUCAUUCACUUGAUCUUGCGAGGGUUUGGAGAGUAAUUCAGUGACUAACUCCUCGUCUUCGGGAAGUAACAGCUCGUCAAGCGUAGGAAUGUCGCCCAUUCCCAGAGAAUCCAAAGUCCCGUGGUCCAUGAGGGGGUCGAUCAAGGGGGAAUUUGCGCUCAUACCGUCACGAAGGAGCUGGCACAACAAAUUUGACGGUGUAGCGAGCAAGAUCUAGGGUUCUUCAGCGUUAGGAGUGGCGGCAUGCGGCGCGGCGGACACGGUGAUGUACUGACGUCACGUGAGUGCAUUUACUUUAUGAUUCAUGAGGAGUGAUUGUCAUAUCUCGAAUAAAGGACCCUAGGGUUACGCUGGGUUACCAUCUUCAUAACUGCUCUUAUUAGUGCUCCGUCUCAAGAAGAAUGCUACAGAGCAAUUGUGGAAUGAAGGUCAUACAUGUACAUUACGCGAGCAGUAAGUGCUCUGUGCUACGAAUCAACGGGGGAUCUGGCUACCCACUGCACAACACAACACACUCCUUGUUGCCUACAGCAUCUUCGACUUGAGUUCUGCGAAGGCCUUGAGCGGCUCGUCGCCUUCCGGAUCCACGACGUCCGCUAAUUUCCCCUUGGUACGCGCAUCGCGCAUACGGUGCCAGAUGGCCGUGGCGCGCUUGCGCUCCGUGAUGAGACCGAAGAGCGCGCAGAUGUCGAUGAUGAGCUUGGUGGGGUUGAACUGCAGGAACUCGCCCUCGCCUGUGGAGUAGUCGUACGGAAACUUGUGGUGCCAGUUGUGCCAGCCUUCACCCAGUGCCAAGACGGACACGAACCAGUUGUCGCGCGGACAGAUAGUGUCGUCGUACUCAGCUGAGCCGUAGAAGUGCGUGGCGCUGUUGACCAGCCACGUCGCAUGCAGGUCGAGCACAUAGCGUAGGAAACCACAUACAAAGAGAGCGUUGAACCAGUUCUCACCGGCAAAGUGCGUGGUCACCAUCAUGGGGAAUACGAAGCACAUGAAGAGGUUGCCCCACGGGUUGAGCUUCUCCUGCAGCACGACGGUCCAGUCGGCCCACAGGUCAUCGUAGUUAAGCCCUUCGCCGGCCUUGACCACCUUGGGGUCCUUCUUGACCAGCAGCCAACCCAUGUGGGCGAAGAAGAAGCCACGACCAGAGUUGUGUGGAUCGGCGCUUGUGUCCGAGUACUUGUGGUGCACGCGGUGGUCACGACUCCAGUGGAAGAUGGUGCCCUGGUUAGCCAUGGAGUUGCACAGCAUGAGAAGGAAGCGGACGAGGCCACAGGCCUUGUAGCUGCGGUGUGCCCACAGGCGAUGCGCGCCCAUGGUGAUACCCAAACCGUUGAGCACGUACAGUCCAAAGAGCCACCAGUACGUCUGUGUUUUGCAUUCUGGCAGACACGUAGCGCCUACGACGGCGCCGAUGUGCACCAGCGUGAUGUAGUAGAUCAUCGGCCAAUUGGCAUUGCGAUAGUUUUCCGCCCAGCUUGCCAUAGUUACUGCUUCUGUUGGUUGAUGGUGCUUCAAGUGCGCUCCGAGAUGGAAAAUGGACAAUGAGAUUCCGGGGCUCUGCUCUUCAUUUCGUCCGUUGGUGCGCAGGAGGUGGAGGUGCAUAUGCCAGUCGAUGUCACGCGCGUGUUGACCCUUGUGUCAUCAUGUCAGCCUCACUCUUAUUUAACGCCGCGGGACAUCGGCCAUGUUGAAGGGCAUCCAGCGUAAGGGAUCCACCUGAACCGUCCAAUUGACGCGUUUCUCUCGUGCCCAUACUUGGAGCUAGUGAUUUCGAAGGCAUUGCCGAUUUGGGGACAUGGUCAAGCAGCGCAUGCGUCCAAGUUGGACUCCAAAGUGACGUCCAGACGGUAAUUGCAGUGAUGCAAUAGCGCUGGAAUAUAGUAGUGCAGACGGCAGGAGGUGGCGGCGAAGCGUUAAAUAGGGAGAACACACCAGGAAGAAAAAAAAAACUUGGUCAUCGGUGUCACUAGCGUAACGCUGAAUAGAUUGAUAUCGGUCUGCUCUGCAUCUUUGCUUCAUCGACGACCUUGGUCGCGCUGGUGAUGUCGUCACUGUUCGUUUAACUCGAGCAAAAUGGGCUCUCGUUUCUAUGACGCCGAGGCAUCCGCGCUGUGUGGAAACGGCGUACGGAUAGUCUGGAUAAGCUUGGUCAUGAACUCGUGCUGUGCAGUAGCCUGGAUAAAUGUACGGGAUGCCGGCGGAUCUUGGAAGUAAUUGUUCUGAACAACAUUGUACCUGCCGUGCGGCAAUUGAGCUAUUUAGCAAGAGAUCGGCAAGCGGCAUGAUGCCGGCGGAUCCUGGAAUAAAUUGUUCCGAACAACAUCGUUAACAUCCUAGGUGGUCUACGGUGGACUCCGGUAAAUGCUGGUCGCGGGCGAACAGGUAUCAACCACCUUAGCCCAUGUGCAGCAGCCAAGACUGCGGUUGUCAGUAAAUUUAGUACAUUUUUUUUUAGCAAAGCUCACAAAAACCCAGAAAUAAGUAUCGUAAUUCAAGCCAAACCCUAUAAUUUCAAAACGCACAGUGCGAACACCUUACUAGCUCUUCAUCAUGUGCGUGACUGACCUGCCUGGCGAUCCCGACGGCGUCUUGGUGCUCCACGACGUCAUGGAGCUGGUAGAUGAAGUCUACGAGCCCAGCGAAGGCUCCACAUCGGCCAACGCGUCGCCCAUUGUGUUUGAUUCGGACGACGAAGACCUGGACGUGCCUCCAUUACGACCGCGUCACUCCUCAAGACGCAACAACAGCCACAGACGUCGCCAGCGGGACGAGCGAUGCUCCGGCGGAGUGGACAGUGACGAACCGAGUCACAGCGUUACGUCACUUGCUGCGGUCCCGAUCUUCGGUAGCCCCGCCAUGCUGGACUUAGGAGAAGACGACACCGAUGAGGACGUCAUGGGCGGCGUCUACCACGGCGCUGUGACCGCCAAACUCAAGCAACCCAUGGAGCAAUGGCGACUAAAGUCCACUAUCACAAACGUGAGUGUAGCUCCCGUUAAACAGAAGACAAAACAGGUUAAAACCAAGCCUGUUAAAGAGAUCAAAGGCCCGAAACCUCGUAUGAACCCGAAAGACGAGGUGCAGUAUCUGCGGAAACGUGCGAAACAACUGGAACUGACACUGGAGACGCUCAGGCUACAGGCUCUAGCAGACAAAGAGAAGGCCAUGGAGACGGCCAUCGUCUUCAACUUGGUCCCACAGCCAGAGCUGCUUGCACCGUCGAGUAAUACGGAACCGGGAUCUCCAGCACAAACACAGACAAAUAAGGACAAGGUAAAUAGUCCCGCAACAGUGGACUGUUUGAACAGCAGUCAGAACGCCUCAGUUGUAUCAAGUGAGGGGCUCUGGGAGCGCAUAGCCACAUUCCAGAAGGCCGAGUACGAGAAGUCCAUGAAGCAGAACAAACGCCUUCGCGUCAUGGCCGAGCAGCAGCUUCGAGCACUCAAACAACUCGAAGUGGCUUUCCGCAAUCCACAAGCUGUCAUGCGUGCGUUGCAGUACCGUCGUCCAAAUACACUGUUCCAACACAGUUUAUUCGACAGCGAGGCCGCCAUCUUCGAUUCUCUUCGGGUGGAGCUGGAGACGCAGUAUCGACAGACCGACAGCAUCUUCCAGUCUGCUGGAAUCGCCCACUUCGAAGGCGAUAUGGCGUGUUCAGCAGCGCUGCGUUCGACUCCCAACGGUGUCUUCCUGGAAAACACCGAGUGCAAGGUCUUCCCGUUCAGUCUCAACGCUGUGGACCAAGCGGUGUGGCGUUGCCUAGCCGACAGGAAUGCCGAGUUCCAUCCGGGUUUGUACGAAAUUCGCCACGUUUCGGAUGACGUCGUUGCUGUGAAGAUCUCGGAUGCGGUGCGGCUACCCGAUGCUGAGACGCUGGUGACAGUCUGGCUGACUGUGAAGCGCUACUACGAAUGGACCGAAGAUGGUUGCACACGGAUCAUUUGUGUCUGGAAUGCCAUGGUACAGACUGAGGGCUCGUUAAAUAUCCGACUACAGGAGAGAGGCUGGAAUGUGCUGCGUCCACUAACCUACACGGCGUCUUGUGUCGAUUCGAAUCAUGCCAUGAGUUUUACGCAAACUUGCAUGCGAGUCUCACCUCUGGGUCGAGCAGAGUUUUCUGCUAGUGAUGUGGCUGUCGGCACGCUGGCGAAUGUGCUUGUGGGGUGCUACCACCGCACUGUUAUCGUUAUGCACCACGUGUUGGAAAAACUGCUGCUUGUCGAGGAUACGCGAUCGCUGCUGGGCUGAAACGCAAAUGGCAAAGGCACGGAAACCUAUGAUGAUAUUGCGUUUGCAGUCCAUUGCCAGCAUCUAACGAAAGAUGGUGAAAAGAUGUAAAAUAAAAUUUGUUUUCGAG